AUGAGUGAUUUGUGUCCUGUUUAUGCUCCAUUUUUCGGUGCUAUGGGUUGUGCUGCAGCUAUCAUCUUUACAUCCUUCGGUGCUGCUUAUGGUACCGCCAAAUCUGGUGUUGGUAUCUGUGCCACCUGUGUCCUAAGACCUGACUUGUUGUUUAAGAACAUUGUUCCAGUUAUUAUGGCUGGUAUUAUUGCCAUUUAUGGUCUGGUUGUCUCUGUGUUGGUCUGUUACUCUCUUGGUCAAAAACAAGCUUUAUACACCGGUUUUAUCCAAUUAGGUGCAGGGCUAUCUGUCGGUUUAAGUGGGUUGGCUGCUGGUUUUGCCAUUGGUAUUGUCGGUGAUGCCGGUGUUAGAGGUACUUCUCAACAACCAAGAUUAUUUGUUGGUAUGAUUUUGAUUUUGAUUUUUGCUGAAGUUUUGGGUCUAUAUGGGUUGAUUGUUGCUUUGCUUCUAAACUCCAGAGCUACUCAAGAUGUUGUCUGUUAA